CUUAGUCCGCAGAUAACUCUAAAUAAAUCUUUUUUAGCUAAAUCCUUCCACUUCAGGCAACGGGUUUCGAGUUUGAAUAAUGGCUUACAAUCCUCCUCGAGGCCGAAUCAAACAUUAAAUAAAUAUUGUAACCUAACACAAAUUACGUCAUCAGUUUCUCAUUAAACCAUGGACUUUGAAACUUUCGUUGCUGACAGUUAGUUAUCCAGUAAAAGACAAUGUGUACAUUUCAUCAACAUACAUCUGCUAUGAAUACGUAUAUCUGUUUAGUUUUUGUGUUUGUUGAAAUUGUUGCUGAAGCAAAUGAACCGAGAAGCAGAUGGAGGCAUAUGCGCAUGGACGGUGGUUUCACAAACGGAUGGGAGCAGAAACUCAUAGGGAUUGAAGAGCGCCUUCUCAGGGCGGAAGACAAGUUAAAGAAAAUCUCACAGGCACGUGAAGUGAAUUUUGAACGGCUGAUGAUGUAUAGUAAAUAUGCAAAGACCAAUACGGAGAUCGUGUACAAGAUGACAAAUAAAUGCGACAAAGGAAGGAAUCUUCUUCGCUGUCGAGAGUCUGGCGAAUGCAUACAUGAAAUGCUGGUUUGCGAUGGUCACGUCGAUUGCGCAGAUGGAAGCGAUGAAUGGGGCGAUGUUUGUGAUGACUCACUUUUUGCCCCUGGAUUGGUAUACAAAGGAUACUUAGCAAGUGGUCAGACAUGCUUUAUUGAUGCAAGGAGAGUGCAUCUUGAAUUUCAAUAUGACAAGAUAGUGAGACUACCUCAUCUCUCGCAGGCAGUCUUCACCUCGGGAACGCUUGAAUGGGAAUACGAAUGGAUGAAUGGAAGCAAAACUUACGAAACCAGAGACUGGAAAGGAACAUACAUGUUUGGCAGUGGGUUUGAGCUUGCUUGGACGGUUGAGGAUGAACCAGUUAUAUUCAGGACAAACAUAUCGUACUACAUCCAGGAAACGCCAAUACGAUCGUACACCUACUUGGGCGACAAUCCGACAUCAUGUGGAUGGUUUACGUGGGCUAUACCGGAUGAGUUUGAUGAAACCGUCGAUGCAGUGUAUAGCAACGAAUAA